CGCUUUCUCUUGCUGAUAACCCUCUGCUCUCCUUGUCUCUCCUUGCGACCAUGAGCUCCGGUUCACCCAUCAGACCUCUUAAUUGAAGUGUUGAGAAGGUGAAGCGACGCACUCGUCUGAUAUUCGAGCCAAGAGGAACCGCUAAACGCCGUCGCAUCCUCGCAUAAUCGGCGUCAUCGCCAGCUCCCUUCCCCGCCCCCCGACGAACCCUCGUACAGGCUGAAUCCGUGCCUCGCUGCACCACCCACUGCCUCUAUAUGAUCCAGCCGCGAUGCAGAAGGUGACUGCCAUCCUCCCUUCGUGGGACAAGACGAAGACUGGAAGCAAGAAGGGCUUCGAUAAAGCCUGGGGCUGGGCGGACAAACUCGGCGCCCCUGUCAACAGACUUUCGAACAAGAUCGGCUCAGAAGCAUUCUGGCCUACGACUCUAGAUAAGGAAUGCGACAAGGCUGCUAGGAUUCUCAAGUCAUUUUGCAAAGAUGGAUUCUACGCCGAAGAAGAUAGACCUACGACCGAGGGCGUACCGAAGGGCAAACAACGAGUGCUUAAGAAGAUCCCCGAGAAGGUCAUACAGAAUGCGGUCGGUUUGGCCAUUUUCACCACAAUGCGGACGGGUCUGUGGAUCUCGGGCGCUGGCGGUUCAGGUGUUUUGAUUGCGAGGAAAGAAGAUGGGGAAUGGAGUCCUCCUUCUGGCAUAUUGCUUCAUACUGCAGGUCUGGGAUUUCUAGUUGGUGUCGAUAUCUACGAUUGCGUCGUUGUAAUCAACAAUCGCAAGGCUCUCGACGCUUUCACCAAGAUUCGAGCCACAUUGGGUGGGGAGAUUUCUGCGGUGGCUGGGCCGGUUGGUGUUGGAGGGGUCUUGGAGAAUGAUGGAAAAUGGAAGCAGGCAAAUCGUCCUGUUUUCACCUACCUCAAAUCUCGAGGAUUUUAUGCUGGAGUCCAGGUCGACGGCACAGUGAUUAUCGAACGGAGCGACGAAAACGAACGCUUCUAUGGACAGAGAAUUGGCGUUGCAGACAUAUUAGCUGGAAAAGCUAGACAUCCACCAUACGAAAUUAAAAUGCUCAUGGAGACAGUGAAGGCAGCGGAAGGACGGGGAGACGUGGACAGAGCUAUGAUGGCCGAGCUCGCAGACCAACCAGCGCCAGGAGACGUCGACGUAGAAUCACCUACGACAAAUGAUGGCCCCAUAUUCGGGAUUCCAGAGCCAGAUGAUCCAGAUCCCUUCGGUGUUCUCGCUUUAGAGCAAGCAGGGCUGGAGAUUAGAGAAGCAGGAUCAAAAAGCAGACCAGCAAGCACGCAAUUCGAAUACAACCCCAGCCCUACAAGUCCCAUAUACAGCAAAUUCCACCGGCGAAGCAUGGACACGCUAGGAACCCGAAGUAACAGGGAGAGCUACAUGUCUAACCGGAGUUCUCGCACCAGAACUAGCAUCGACCGGGCUACCCAAACCACGGAAAUGGGCACGCAAACCGACGACUUCACACCCAGCACCUCACCAUCAAGAAGCAACGAACAUAAGCGGAUAGUAGAAGAAGAUGAACACCAAACCAGGGAGCCCGAGGAAAUCGACUACACCAAAAUCGACCUUGGAGAGUUCUCGCAUCUAAACCACAACCGGGAUUUCGAUGGCACGACCGUGCAUGAUAGCCCCCGUGAGCACGAUGAACACCAUGACAACGGAGCCGAUAACAGCUACGUCAGCGAAGACGAAGAUGACGAGGAAGAGCCCGUCAUUUUCGAGGCCGCGAGUGCACAAGCCACUGUCUUUAUGCCCCAAGCCGUGAAGGCGAGAGGUGGACUCGUCGACAUCCCGAAACGACCGCCUCCCCCGCCUUUGCCGCCGCGGAAUAUGGCGAGAGCGAGUAAGGUGCUCAUGGUUGACCAAGCCAGUGGCCAAUCUCCCAUCCGCAGCCCGACGAAAGAUGGGUUCGAGGAUGUGGAUUUGCAUGGUGUAGAUAGUCAGCGGAAGAGCAUUGAAUCCCAAAAAGCCGUCAUCACACCGGAACCGGAAGCGGAAGAGGAAGAGGAGUCAAAGAGAAAGUCGCUGGAGGAGAUGGUAGAGUUGGAGUUGAAGGAAUCGAAUCUCGAUGGUAUUUCGCCUAUGGUCGAGGAACCGCUUUCCAGUAUCGAGGUGCAGGAAGCGAAGGCUGCGAGACAUAGCGAGGAAUUGGAUGAGAAAGACGACUUUCAUAGCAUGCCGCCGACUCCGAACGAGCAGCAAAUUGAAGUCAAGUGAUGAUUUGAUGAGGACACACAAAAAACGACUACUUUACAAUAAUUGGAGAGGAAGAAGAGGCCUGAGAUGGGUAUGGGGUUUUUGGGAUGGGCAUGAAGGAUGGCGUUGAAGGAUAGGACUCUCGUUUUCAAUAUUAGCGGGGUGAAGUAUAAGAUUCAUAUACUUUAACGAUGGUCUCUUGGUGGGUUGGGCGGGGAAGUAAGGAAGCAUUGGAUGCAUUGAAGGCUUCGGGUUCGGCGAUCGGUUGGAGAGGUGACGGCCAGCAGAUAGAUAUGGAUUCGCUUCAAAAUAGGCGAAAAAGAAUUGAAGAUGAGAAUUGAAAGUUCAAAAAGACUUUUUGCGAGAACUGUUUAUUGAUGAUUGAUUGUGGGUGAGAUUAGAACAGAGUCACAAAUUGGCAAGCGCCUCAAAAGAAUAUUAAACGUGGUUGCC